AUGUCUAAUUUUUGGAAAGAGAUCCAAAACUAUUCUGGAUGCACGGAUUUCGAAUAGUUACAGUAUUAUCUCAACCUCAUCUAUAAAGUACAAUUUAAUAAAAGUUUAGUUUGAAAUAUAAUUGGAAGACUUUUAAACUAUGCACCCUGUGUAUCUAGCCAAAUUGCUGCAUAUACACCAAUUAGCAAUACAAUAUUAUGAACAUUCCACUGAAGAAUUGAUUGAGUAUGAAAAAUACAAUGAAAAGUUGACAUUAGACAUAGUGGAACAAGUAAACAUAUAAUUAAUUUCUAGAUUAGAAAAACGGAAAAAAAACUUUUAGAAAGUAAAGUAAACAUAAAGGCAGCAAGAAAAAAACUGUAAUUAGAAUUGAAUUAGAAGGAAAAAUUCAUGUAGAAAAUUAUAAACACCCAAUUAAUCUAAUGUCUUUAUUGUGAUAAAGUGGUCACAACAGAGUCUUAGUUUGAUUUACAUAUGAAGUAAUAUCAUAAAGGAGAAUUCAAUAAAAAAGAGGUCAAUACUAUCAAUCAAGCUUUGCAGAAUCAAUUAUUGACAUAGCAAUUGAGUAAUAAAGUUAUCUAAUAAAAUCAACAAAAUUAUAUAGCCUUAAAUUAUCAACUGCUUUAAUUCACUAAAGACCAACUAGCAAGAGAAACGACAAACUUCAUAGGAAAUACGUUAGAAGUCACUGGAAAAAUAAAAGAUAUUGAUCAAACUUAUACAAAAGAAAUAAAUAACUUAGAAGAAGAAAUUAGCAAUAAACUAAAUUUGAUUUAACUUAAUGCCGAAAAAGAAGAAUAAAUAAGAGAAUAACAGACGAAAGAAAAAGUAGCAUAAAUGGAAGAUAAAAUACUUCAAGAAUUUGAAAAAUCAAAAUCUCAUCUUUUGAAAUCAAAAUAAUUUAACACAAUGAAAAAUCUAGGGAAAUCUUAAGAAAGUACAGUCAAUAUUGCUCACCAUCCUCCAUCUGCUAUUUUCUACUAAUCAUCUUAGCUUCAUAGAGGGUAAACAGGCAUUCAUAUCAAAAGUCUCGCUAAUAUUGAAUAGGAUGAAUUAAUUGAAGAUGAUUAACAUUAUAAAACUAGUUUACAACAAUUCAAAAUUCAGCUGAAAUCUCCAGAAUCAGACCACCAUCUAUAAGCUCAAUUUGAUUAAUCUUAAUUAUUAUCAGAUUCUAUCUAAGGAAGUUAACGUAUAUUGGUUCAACCUUAAACUGAUGUAUUAUAAUAAUCAAAAUUCUCAAAACAAAUUUAAAAAAAGAAUUCUGGAUCUGAAGAGGAUUAAUCAUUCAAUAAAAAUGAAAAUCUAUAAUCUUAAGACAAUAUUGAUUAUCUAGUUGAAAAUCUUGAUAUAUAUCGAAAUGCUGUUCAGUCAUAGUAAAAUAUGCUGUUUGAAUUGUAAUUAUAUUAUUUUUUAAAGUUUUAGGUUAUAAAAUAGAACCAAAGGUUUGAGAUCUACAUAUACAGAUAUUUAGAAAAAACAUUAUCUACAAAUUUUGGAGAAAAAUAUAGAGUUAGACAUCAAAGGGAUUGAAUAAAAUGAUCUUAAACAUUUGAAGAAGAUUUAUGAUGAAUUAAAUAAAUAACUAAAGGAUUAAUAGGCAAAUGUUGAUUAAAAACUCUAAUUAUACUCAUUUAAUGAGGAAUCUCGUACUCCUGAGGAAAUUGAUUCUCGAAGAGCCACAUAAUUUUUAAAUAUUAGGUCUAGAAAAAACAGUGAAAAAAAUCUUUAAAAUCUAUCCUAGAAUUGA